AUUUUGAUGAGGCUUAGUUUUGUGUUCUUUGUCAAGUAGUUCAGUCCAAUUCUGGCGGACUUAUUCAUAACCUUUGAAUGAAGUGUUAUGUGGAAAAUAAAAGAUAUUAUUCUAUUUCCGAUUUUUGGGGUUCAUCUUAUUAUCAGUGGAUUGAGAAAUGAUCGCUUUUCUACAAUGUGUCACCAUGGUGUGAUAAAUCACUCUGAAGUUGUAACUCAUGUGGUGUCUUCGGAUGUGCAAAAACUUAUUCGUCGUAAUGCACAAACAGAAUUAAGAAUUCAUACCCAUUAUGAUAGGUCAAUUAAAUCUCUCAAAAAUUUCCAGGAUAUUAAGAGAGAUGUAAUUGAAGUAGCAAUUGAGUUUUGGGAAGAUGCUCUACUGUUACGUCAUUCUCAUACCGUGCCCAGUAGAUUAACACUUGACAGAGUUUGUGUUGAUGGUGCUACAAAGUUGAUGACUUUUGAUAAUCAACUCUUGACAUUUUGUGUCAAUGGUUGUGUGGAAUGGACAAAAUGUGGACCUAUAAACAUUCCAGUGUCACAUUUAAAUCAGUGCAGGUUUAUUUAUAAUGGAACCUCAAUGAUUUCAGGUCACAAGGGCGAAGGUAUAUACCGUGCCAACUUCAUACUCUAUAUUUCAUCGCUUAGAACACGUAGAUGUAAUACUGCAAAAGUCCUAGGUUAUGCUGCACACUGUCAGCUAGAAGCUAAUACUGAUCGCCCUGUGGCUGGCUACAUCAAUUUCUGUCCUGAUACAUUAAGUAAUGAAUAUAACGAUAAAAUGCGUUCACUGUUUGUUGCUACGCAUGAAAUAUUACAUUCACUAGGAUUCUCUACAAGUUUGUUUGCAUUCUACAGAGACAAACAAAAUCGACCAUUAACACCACGUGAUCCAAUAACAUUUAAACCUGCACUAGGCUGGUAUUCAGGAAAGAACGGUCAAGUAUACCAGUGGAGUGACAAUGUGGUUCGAUCGGUUAAUCGUACUUGGUUAAGUGCUUUUGGAACUUUUCAAAAAUUAGCGCACAUUGUGGUUUUACCGACUGUUGUACGUAUCGCCAGAUCAUUCUACAACUGUCCGAAUCUUGAUGGUGUUGAGCUAGAAGAUGAGGAUGAUGCAGGAGUGUAUCUAACACACUGGGAGAAACGCCUUUUAGAGAAUGAUUUAAUGACGGCAACAUACACAAAUUCUUUUCGAAUUUCACCGAUUACUCUGGCAAUGAUGGAGGAUACCGGCUGGUACAUCCCAAACUAUGCAUUAUCUCAGUCUUUCAGUUGGGGUAGAGGUCGAGGAUGUACCUUUGCUACUGGCAGUUGUUUAGAAUACAUGCUAGAACAAAGUCGUGGUGGUCAUCCAAUUGCACCGUUUUGUCAACAGUUAACUUCAAGCUUUCACAACAAAAAUAAUGGAUUACAGGUUAGCUGUACACCUGGUGAAGAAAGUUAUGGAUUUUGUAACCUAAUUGAAUAUUCCAAACCAUUGCCUGGUGAAUAUGUAUAUUUCGUUAAUACAAAUUUCUCGACUGUUACAUUGAAUUCUGAAAUCAAUCUAGGUACUGGAAACUUAACUAAUCAGUAUCCUUUGGUUAAAUUAGGAGGAAAAAUAGCUUUGGCUAAUUACUGUCCAUAUCAUCAGGAAAUUGAAUGGGAAGAUGAUGUAGGAAAAUCAAUUGCUAAUACUCAUUGUCAUGCAUCAACUAAUUUGAAAGAUCCACAUCACAACUUUAAACUUGAACGAUUUGGUAUGGAUUCUGUUUGUGUAGAGCAUAGUCCCAACUGGUAUUUAAUUAAUGGAGACUCCUUAUUUGUUCCGCCAGUGGAAGGAGCUGGAUGUUACACAGUAUGAUUUGAAAAAUUUCCCCCAUGAUUAUGUCUAGCGCGCUUAACCUUCUGAACACUGUAGAACAGCAAAAGACCUCGUUUUCAGUUUUACCCUUGUUCAUUCAGUAUAUGAAAUCACUUUGUAACUAUUCUUUAUUGAAGUGCAACGCAUUUGUGCACAUUCAUUUGUUUCAUAUAUAUUACUGCAAUAUUAUGAUAGUCACUUUCUUAUUUUAUCUAAUGCGUCACACUGGUGAAGAACAUGUCUAAGAUACUGAAAAAUUUUAUACGUCGUUUGUAACCUAUGAGUUUUCUAGCUAUUUAGUAAGAUUUUCAUAUUCUAUAAAAGUAUUCAUGUAAAGCCUAAUAAUUAUUUCUGUACCAAAAUUAUUGGUUCCUAUUAAGAAUGUAUCAUAAGUAUACGUAUCUUUAUCUUCUUCAAAAUCUAUCAUAAGCAUAGUUCAUUUAAACUGUUCACAAAGUUAAUAUGAAAAUGGAACACUAAAAUCCUUCUGAGAUCACUCCAUAUUAAUUCUCUCUUGUUUAAUCACUUCGAUCUUAUUUAUAAACUUUCAUAAUUCUUAUUUAGCUUACUCUUUGUCCGUCAUAUUCUACAUUGAGCUGUAUUCUUAUUUAGACAGUGUUUUUUAUUAAUUUUCCUAUUUCUGAGAGCAAAGACCACUUUUUUAUCGUAUUUAUAAUUUAAAAGAUUUGAUUUUUGUUUAGUUUUUACUUAAUUUUUUAGACAAUUUUUGGCUUCUAGUGCAAACUAAUGACAGUCGAAGAUUUAUUUCAAACUUGAGGAUGCCUUAAACUUUCCCAUCUUAUUCUAGGACUGUCAAGCACCUAUAAUAAUCUCAUAGAAGUUAAUUAUAGUCAGUUUAUCGAUAGGCCAAAGAUUAUUAAACGUAGUGGUUAAUAAAUGUAGGAGAGAAGUUGUAUGUAUUUGGUUAGUAGAUUAUUAAAAUUUGUUAGUAAUUUUAAAAAAGUUAUAACCAUAGUCAUUCUUUAAAACAUAUUUUUAUAGUUUACGAAUAUUUGUCGCCCUCUCUUAAAUAUUUAAAUACAUAUUCUAAAUGAAGAAUCACGAACACUUUUAAAACCCAAGAUUCCUAUUAUCUUUCUUACAAACGUUAUCAUUAGAUAUAAGUAUAAUUUUUUUUCGAAAAAUUUCAGUUCCGAUGUUCAAUGACUGAAGGUGGUUUGGUUUUAGAACUUGCUGGAGGUAUGUCGAUUCCUUGUGAAGUGCCAGGAGAACUUAGUGAAAUUAACGCUUGUUUAACAAAACAAAGUCUUACUGUGAAAGGAAAACUUGUAUGUCCUGAUUGCAGAUUACUAUGUCCAGUAAGUAAGGACUAAGGUCUUCUAAAUUUAUUUACUCCAUCUGAUCAUUUUGUUAGAUCUUUUUAUAAAUACGCUAAUCGAUAUAUAUAUAUAUACCGAUGUUGACAGAUAAAAGUAGGAUGUAUUAAUAAUCGAAAAUGCAAUGUCUGGCUGUAGAAGGUUAAGAAGACCGAAGGGAUUUUCUUAAAGCCAUGUUCUACAAGCAUGGAGGCGAAAUGCAUAUUUAAGUUGACAUGCUAGAUGUGAUUGACUCUCUGUGUCAGAAUCGAUACGCAAUAUGAUCAAGCUUAUGCAACUGAACACCACUAAAAUAAUCCUCUUUAGUUAGAAAAUUUUUUUUCACUAUCUUACUGCACUAAAUAUUGAGAUUUUCUUUUAUCAUAAUGUAUCUAUACGAGAAAGUGAAGAUAAUUUUUCUCACUGUAUUUGAAUUUUUUCUUUAAAAUAUUUAUAUUUUAGUUAUCGGAGUGUCCGAAAAUCUAUUCCAUUUCACAAAACAAUGUAACAUAUCUCAGAUCAAACUACUCCAACGAUCGUUCGUCUUCGUUUUUGUAUGAAACCAAUAUGUUUAUACCUAAAUCACGUACUAUACAGUAUUCUCAGUUAAUUGUUAAUGAAACUGAGUCUAUUGUUGAAAAUCCAUUAUAUAUUGUUGAAAAUUCUAAAAAUUCUAAAGGUAUUGUAAUACAACAAGCUAUUCUACCUGGUGCAUGUUUAGUUAAUAUCGCUUACUCAUCUACUUCUCUAACUUUUUCAAUAUUCAUAUACUUUGUAGUGUUUGUUCAAUUAUUCUGUUUAUAAAAUGCCUUAUUCUUUAUAUGCCCACAAAAAUAUUUCCUACCAGUUAUAAUUCAUACUUCAUUUCGUUAUGCUUAUAAUUUCUUUUCACAUCACAAGAUCAUAAUUAAUUAUUAUUUUUUUCCAAAAUAAAAUGAAUAAAAAGUAUCAAAA